GUUGGUCGAUACUGAAAAGUUUAGGAAAAACGGAACUGCGUAGAAAUUAGGCAGCAGCCGUUUGGAUUGUGGCAACCAAAAUAAGUUUAGUCAGUUGGACUUGACAAAAGCUGGUAGUAAAAACUCGAACAAAAUUCCACGUAAACUUCAAAAGGUGUUCGGCACCCAGGACUAUCUUUGAACGCCCCCAGACAGAGCACAGCUCCUCCAGCCGACAGCGAAGGUGAGUGUUUCGGUUACCUUGGAUACCAUCGCAUCGCAUCCGAAAUAGCACCGAUUGCCAGCGGAUUCUACGCAUUUGCAGAAGCCUAUGAUAUAAUAAUGUCGCGCUCUCUGAGUCGCGUACUGGGCACCUUCAGCCCCGCCACCGGAAAUGGGGCACCCAACAGACUGACGCCCCUGCGCGGACUUCUCGGCACUGUGGUCCCAGUGGCCGGGUACUCGAAGCGGAAUGGACCUCCCUCGGAUGCCGGCGAACCCUUCAAGACGGUCUCCAAGUCGCGGGACCUCGACGACGACGAUAAUCUCAACAGCCUGGAGAGCGAGCCCAACUGGGAACUGACCGCGGCCCGGAGCAACCGCUUCUACCUGCCCAAUGCCACCGGACCUGCCUGGCAGGGUGACACCACCACCGUCGGCCUGCUCACCCCGCUCGGCCAGCUGGUCAACUUCCUCAAGGAGGCCAAUGCAGACAAGUCGCGUCUGGAGUUCGCCUGCUGCCAGUGUCCCAUGCUCAUCCGCGAGUCGCUCGUGGAGCUCUUCCCCGUGCGCGUCGUGGCGCAGCGGGAUUCGGCCAUCACCAUGCUCGUCCUCAGCUACGAGGGGGACAUCGAAAUGGGCGCCGCCAAGUUUGUGCUGGCUGCCCGGGACAUAAGCGAUCGCCUGCUGUCGCUGGGGUACUGGGCGGACUUCCUGAACCCCUUCAGCGGACGACCCUACUUCUUGCCGCGGGACGGGGCCAAACUGUACAAGCAGGAUCACCGCUUUCGGGGCCUGAACAUGCGGCUGUCGCUGCAGAACCACUGCACAGUGAUCGCCGCCGAGGAGAACGAUCGCACCCACUUCUCGGGCACCAUCUACUGCACGGCGCCGAAUCACUACGACCAGCUGGUGGAGCUGCUGGUGCCGCCGCAGCGCAAGGUAGCCCAAUGACGCGGAUGCGGAAGCCAUCGGAGUUAAGAUGUAGUUGAAGCCUUUUAGUGAUGAUGACUGUGUUAGCUGUUUAGGUUUUCUGUUCCCGACACUGUAUAUAGCCGACAAAUGCUGGUGUUAUAUAUGCUGUGCGAAAUAUAAUCGAUAAGAAUGUUGAAA